ACACAACUAGAAUUCGUUUCCAACUGCCAACAACAUGAACAAGCAACUGUUGAUUUUAAUGUGCGUGUGUGUUGCGCUGGCCAGCGCUGCCCCCGGCCUGUUGCAUGCCACACCCAUACUAACAAACACAUAUCAUACGCUGCCCACGUUGCAUGUAGUGCGUCCCAUUUACCACGCGCUGCCGUCCUUUGGCCACUCGAACUAUGGAUAUGGACAUGGACAUGGACAUGGCUAUGGACAUGCUCAUGGCUGGCUUUAGGGCGUUCAGCUGAGCAGCCUGUCUAAUUGUUGGCCGCCAACUUUAAUAUAAAUACGCGCCUUGCCUUUGAAUAAAAAUUCGCUUGAUGG